AAUUUACAAAGAAAUCUUUCUUAUUGAAUAAAAAUUUAUCAACGAACUCUUUGAAAAUAAGGAUAGGGUUUUAUGAGUUUUCUAUAAUUCCACUUGAUUGGAUUACAAUUUAGAUAAGUAUUUUAUCGGGUUUUAUUUUUUGUAACUUUAUGUAAGGUCAUAGGUUAGUACCGUCAAAAACACAAUCUACAGUUUUGUCUUUUACCUCCAUUCUGACCAGUUUUCAGCUGGCUAAGUCUCGAGAAGGUAGAGUAAAUUAAUGAGGUGAAAAGUAGAGUUUGCUAUAGAAUGCUGAACUGAGAUCCUUGGCAGGGAUUCAGGCCUGGCAGAGGUCUUUCAUCAUUUACGGCUCCUCUUAGAACUUUGUCCAAGUUGUUAUGGGGCAACAGCGAUAGAGAAAUUUAUUGAGAUUUCUUCCGCUGCUGGACCAAGAAGUAUUUUGCUGCUAUUCAGGUUUCAUCACCACCUCUAGGAACAAUUGGCACAAUGAGCUGGAACAUUUUUAGUCGUCUGACAUCUCCAAAGAAGGCACCUCCAGUCAUAACGAAGGAGGAGGAGAAAGCAUUUGAACGUGAGGUGAACAAAAUCAGUGUUCUGGACGAAGCCACCAAGAAGCUGUACAAGGACAUGAAGCACUGCAUCGAGGCCAUGGGGGCGCUCUCCAAGUCACAGUGCCGCAUCGGACAGAACCUGGCAGCAAGCCCCAUCCUGAACACUGAGGAGUCGUUGAAGAACCUGGAGCUCAUCAGCAAGUCCAUCGGGCAAAUUGAGUCCAAAACUCAGGAACUGAAUGCCAGCUCUAUGCGGACCAUGGUGGAGCCCAUGAAGAAGUUCAGCACCAUCUUCCCCAGCCUUUAUAUGGCCCUCAAGAAACGCGAGCAGUGCCUACAGGAGUACAGUCGAUGCCAGGGUAAAGUGGAAAAAUAUCAGGACCGGGAGCGCACAGGCCCAAAUCUUGCCAAACUAGAAGCGUCGAAGAAAAAUCUAGCGGCAGCUAAGGAGGAGUACGACAGACAGCACACUGAGCUGAUGCAGGCCAUGCCGCAGUUCUUUGAGGGGCGCGUGGAGUAUUUCCAGCCGAGCUUUGAGGCACUCAUCAAGUCUCAGGUCAUAUAUUACACGGAAUGCUUCAAGAUCUAUGCCGAGCUUGCCGUCCAGUUGGGGGACAACGACACGCUGCAGAGCGACGAAGACUUUGAGAUGGACCUACACCGACGGCUAUGUGAGAUCCGGGCUUUGUCCAUUGUCGUAGACGACUGAGUAAAGUCUAAAUUCUGGAGGUUUUUUUUCAGUAAUGUAGCUGACCACUCACAGUGGGCGCUUAGUGCAAGGACCAGUACCCGGUAUGUGUAUUGUUUCUUUGUGUCAGCUCAGAUGUUGAGAAUAAAUGUUACUAAGGCAGUGAAUAUGGUCUAACCGUUUUGGGUCGAGAACAAAUGAAUUGUAGUCCGUUUUGUAUUACAUGUGAAAUUAUAAUGCUUAGGCGUGUACGUGUGGUUUGUUAACUCUUACUAUUUAAUCAAAGUACUAUAUUCACAUUAUUUUGUCAGAAACCUUAUCUUGUGCAAUAUCUACUUUCAACUUCUCAAGAUGAAAUUCCAUGUUGCCUAAAUUCAAAUAAAUUAAAUAUCAAAUGGUACUUAACAACUGCUCUUGACUUUUCUCAAUUUACCAAGGCAGAUUUUGGUGGGACUAUACUAUUGACAAUUCCAGUCGUAUUUAGAAUUCCAGAUGACAAGCGAAUAGUUGACUCCAAUUCAGUGACCCUCCAUUCCACCGUUUAUAAUGAAAUAAAUCUUUGUAAAUCCGAGUGGAAGUGAAGGACAGCCUGAAGUAGAUGAGCAUAUUUGUUGUCCUGAUGCUCUUGAGUAUUAAUACGGAAGAGGUUGGAAAUGAAUACUAAUUGCACAGAACUAUUUUUAAAAAAAGACGACUGACAGUUCAGAAGCACACAUUACAUGGUCGUUUCAAGUAAGUUAUGUUUAUUUUGUACAAAAAUAGUUGAAUAUACAUGUACAAUGGAUCUGCAUUAUGACUGCAAUUUAGCUGUGAUUGUGCUGUGUUGACUAUUCCUGUACAAGGUUUGUGGGAUAACUUGUUUUCUUCUACCCAGGCUCUAUGCAGCUCAUACUGGUCGUUUUGACAGUAUUAUUGUUAAUGUAAAGACGCUUGUCAGCAAAAACCCUUCCUUAAAUGAUUAAGUGUCCAAAAAAAAGGGGUUUUGGAUGUGGAGGAAUUGCACAAAUUGAAAUGCAUCAAAGAAAAUAAUUAUUAGGUUCAUUUUUUAUUAAAUAGCAAAUUUACAAAAAUAUAACCCAAGCAAGCAACUAAUGGCUAGUUUUGAAAUACAAAAAUUUAAAGAACCAUUAAUGGAUGAUGACUGAAUCUCACUUGAAUGAGCUUUCCUUUGAUUUACCUCUGCAUAAAUUAUUUAUAGAUCAAGGACAAUGGGCACACCAAGAUUUUUAAUUCGGUUUGAGACAAUAUGCAUACAUUUCCUUGUGGCCAACAUGCAGAGCAAAAUCGACCCAAAUUGUGAACCUUUAACUUUUUAACCCAUGUGGAAAAUAAGUCAACAUGUACAGGAAAUGCAGCAGUUGUCGCAGAGGUGCCAAAUGCUCCAUAUUAAAUCAGUUAUAUUUCCUGCACAAUAUUUUAGAAGUAUAAGCCCCCAUGUAGUUAUAGGUGUGUAAGUCAAGUAGUCUUUCAGUAUAAAAAAGAAAUGCCAACAAGGCAGCUUGAUGACUAUGGCCCAAAUGUUGUACACUGUACUGUCAAACACCUUUAAACGAGAUCAUUGGGUUCGAGUCCCACCUCAGUAAGCUUGUGAAUUUUUUUCGCAAGCUCUUGUCAAGCACUGGGCAUACAGUGUUUAUCAAUAUAUAUACGUUGGGUAAGGGCAAAACCUGUUAUAUAAAUUAAGAUCAUUGGGACUUCACCUUGUAACAACAGGGACCUUCUAUCAGUAUUGGAAAACGAAAAAUGCAGUGAUUUUGGCGACCUUGAAGUGAUCUUGUUACAAGCAAGACGUAGUAACAGUGUGCUCUGACAAUUAUCGGUGUUCCCCUGGUGGAUUUUUGGCAAAGUCUCCUGUAAGAUUUGGUUACAUU